AUGGUGCAGACCAUGCUUCCAAAGUCAUGGAGAGCCAUGAAGUUCUACUUCACUACAGUGUAUCAAGAAAUAUGGGUUGGUGUAGCAUUAACAGGUUACGCCUAUUACAAAAUUUCAUACGGCAAAAAAAAAGCAGUGGCAGAUAAGUCCUCUGGUGCUGGCCAUCAUUAA